AUGCAGAGGACAGGAGAGAGAAGAGAAGAGAGACGCAGACCCGAAGAGAAGAAGACUGACGAGCGAAGAGAUAGAGAAGAGAGGAGUGAAGAGGAGAGAAGAGGGGAGAUCGACCAGGGGAGAGAGGGAGAGAGGAGGGAGAAGAGACCAGAAGAGACGAGAGAAGAGCAGGGGAGGACGGGGAGACGAUGCGCAGCGAGAAGGGAGGAGGACAUGGAUGAGGGAGAGGAGGAGAGACAAAAAGAGCAGACCCAGAAAAUGGAACAACGAGAUAAGAAAGAACAGACAGGAAAACGGGGAUGA